GUAUAAACAGAGCUCAUGAUUGCGGAGUUACUGAAAUUUGAUCUCUCCUCAUGUAAUUCCUCUUCCUCAUGCAGUGGGAUCGGCAGAAACUGGCCAUGGGCGUCAGGAGGAAGCAGUAUUCUUGCCGAAUACGGGACGCUGCAUUUGGAGUUCAUGCAUCUCAGUGCUCUUUCAGGGAGACCAGUUUUUGCCGAGAAGGUAAUGAACAUCAGAAAGGUGCUGAAUCGACUGGACAAACCUCAAGGAUUGUACCCGAAUUACCUGAACCCUAACAGUGGACAGUGGGGCCAGCAUCACGUCUCAGUUGGAGGCUUGGGGGACAGUUUCUACGAGUACCUGCUGAAGGCCUGGCUCAUGUCAGACAAAACCGACGAGGAGGGAAAGAAGCUUUACUAUGAUGCCCUGCAGGCGGUUGAGAAGAAUUUGAUCCGCAAGUCAAGCGGAGGGUUGACGUAUAUCGCUGAAUGGAAAGGCGGACUCCUGGAGCAUAAGAUGGGUCACCUGACCUGCUUCGCUGGUGGUAUGAUCGCUUUAGGGGCGGACGGAGCCCCCGAUGAUAAGACGGGUCACCAGAUGGAACUGGCGGCUGAGAUCGCCCGCACGUGUCACGAGUCUUACUCCCGAACAAGUAUGAAGCUGGGUCCCGAGGCCUUCCGUUUCGACGGAGGCGUAGAAGCCAUCGCCACACGGCAGAAUGAGAAGUACUUCAUCCUGAGGCCGGAGGUCAUUGAGACGUACAUGUACAUGUGGAGGUUCACCCACGACCCCAAAUACAGACAGUGGGGCUGGGAGGCGGUGCAGGCUCUGGAGAAGUACUGCAGGGUGGAAGGGGGUUACAGCGGAGUGAGAGACGUCUACGCUAGCACGCCCAACCAUGAUGACGUGCAGCAGAGCUUCUACCUGGCUGAAACACUCAAGUAUCUGUAUCUUUUGUUCUCCGACGACGACCAUUUGUCCUUCGAACACUGGGUGUUCAACACGGAGGCCCAUCCUCUUCCUGUCAUUAAGAAACCGACCCCAGAAAUAGCAAACCAACUCAAGUAAUCUUCAUCCAACCCCAAAACCCCACUGAGACGUAUCUUCCUGAACCUGCUUUAACGGUGGAGAAGAGCUAUGGACUCAAAACCCCUGUGGCUGGAGAGUUCUUAUCCUCCAGGACUUUUUUUUCCAAGUGUUUCUCCUCUGCCGUCUCUUCUCGGGAUUCCGCAUGCUGCCCUGUCGCCCCUCUCUCUGUCCCUGAAUCUGCGGACACGUCUCUGAACCUCAGAGACCCAGAAGGACCUUAUUUCCUCUGUGAGGAGACCGGACCAGAUCGUUUUCCAUCAUACUUGCCCUCUCACACAUGUAAUAAAGCCAUAGGUAAUUGCAUAAAAGUCCGUCUGUGUUUUUUGCAUCAUGUGCAUUUACAGGAGCGAAGCUAAGAGAUAUCCACUGGACUUCACCAUCUCCUGCUGUCUGUUUCUUUCGGGAUGAGGUUUGGUUCAGCGUUUUGAGGCUUUAUUCGACAGCAAGGUAGUGAAACCAAGUCAACUAGUGCCUUUUAGUCUUACUGAUCAUUUUAGUUUUAAUAGCAACGCUCUAUUUAUUUUCGCUGUGGCCGAAGGUUUCUUCCUACUGGCAUACAGCCCUCCUACUCUCUUAAUGGAUGUAAGAAUAAGUCAUUUAUUCCUCUACAUUUGUGAGCUUACUUUGUUUCAAAUAAUGUGUGCAAAAUGUGUUUUGAUUGUUUACUUAAUCAGUGGAGGAGGAGACUUUUUUUAUCCUAGACAUGUAAAAUAGAGUACUUUGUGUUAAUUUAUUACUCAAGAUGUAGGGAUUUUUUUUUAAUCUUUUUUUCAGUGUGGAGGGCAGGAAACUACAGAGACUCUUAAGAGGAGACGAUGAUAGGAAAAAAUAUGAGAUGAGAGGAUAAAUUUACAAUUCAAUGCACUGCAGUUGCUUGCAAAACUAUUGUUUUCCUGAGAAGUUUUGCGUUUGCUAGCAAACACGCUGAAUAUAAAUUUUUCUUCCCACUUUAUUUCCAUCACAAACAUUUUGCAAGCUCAUGCAAAGGUUUUGUGAGCGGGCAAACAGCUUUUUAUGAGCGAAAGUUUCUCUGUGGAACACAAAAGGUUUUUGCGAGCGAAUGCAUAGUUUCCUGUGUGCAAACCCAAGACGACGCAUCAGCAUUGAAAUCUAAUUUUUCCUCCAAUCUAAUCACCAGGUCCUUUUAGGAGCAUUGUAGUAAACUGCAAUGAAGCUGCUCGAAUCCAUUGGAAAAGUGUUUUAUUAGGACAACACGGGCAGCAUCAGUCAAAAAGGGGAGUGAAUAUUUGUAUGAAUGUACCACCAAAUGUGAAUUGAACAUGCUUUGGCCUAAUUGUUGUGAUUUAUCAUUUUAUCUUUGUUUGUUUGAUCGUUCAUUUGAUUUAACCUGAAAGCACAAAGUUGUGAAUCAGUAUAUUUGGGUUUUCCAUGAAGAAAAGAAUAGGAAUAAUAUUACUGUAGGACAAUGUGACGGCACAAGUGCGGAAUGAUGAUGGAAAAAGAUCCAAACCAAUGAAUACACUGGAUACAACACACAUACAUACAAAAGAAUUACAUACACUACAUCUGUAGCCACAUUCCAAUUUAUAGAGGAACAGACCAAUGCCCAUCUUAUUAGUAAUUUUGGGGAAUUUGACAACUAAAAUUUGAGGUCUGAAUGGCAGGAUUGCAAGGUCUGUUGUGGAGUGGUGCUGAUGCUAGCAUCUACAUUUAGACAGUGUUCCCAAAACCAAACCACCCUGCUCAACUAGAAAGGUGUGGUCUUUACCAAUGUAGUAUACUAGUGGAUCCAGGUGAAAAAAAUACCUCGCAGAGAUUCCUCUCUCUUGAGGCCAGUGACUGCAACACUUGACAUGGUAUUUCUCCGCUGUAUGUGUGCUAGUGAACGCAUACUGUCAGAGUUAGGAACCGCAACAUAUGAAAGUAACAUCAUCUCGAGGACACUGUGACACUGUAGAUAAGACAUCGCGCUCACUGGAUUCAUGAUACUGCAAAUCUAAACGAUGUUUAGCACUGCUGCGGCAUAGCGCGGACUAGCGAUUUGUGCUGUCUCUUUAGUGAAAGUGAUUCCUCAAGCUGUGACUGAUGAUUUGUAGCGACUCUUAGGUGACAUUCGGAUACAGAUGUUUCCUCGCAUCUGGUUGCGAUACUCAGAAUACGAGCUGCGCUUGUUUAAAUAUUGUGUUGAUCUUGCAUAGAAAAUGCCUUUUUGUUUGUGAUUCUUGUCGUUUAUUUCUUCAUGAGACAACCUCAGAAAUGUAACCGUACAAUAUUGCUGAUAAUCAUUCCAUUGCACAUAGUCUUUGUUUUGUUUCGGUUUUCGGUUUACUUUUUUCUCUUCUUUUCUUUAAUAUAUAUGCAAGUAAUUUUGUGGUAAAGUGGUUCAUUUUUGUUUGUUUGUUUGUUUUUGUUUUUUUUUGUAUUGUACAUAUCUCAUUCUGGCAAACUGCCAGCCAUCAUUUAUAUAAAUCUUAUGAUCUUAUGUAAUUAUAUUAAAGAGCAGCAAAAGGU